GUCCUGAACCACCACAUUGCUGUAUAGUAACUUAAUCUAAGCCGCUAUGUCUGAACGAAAAGUACUCAAUAAAUAUUUCCCCCCCGAUUUCGACCCCUCCCUCAUUCCCCGGCGAAAGCAGCCAAAGAACUCGCAGCAGGUCGUGCGUCUCAUGGCUCCGUUCUCAAUGCGUUGCAAUACAUGUGGAGAAUAUGUUUACAAGGGAAAGAAGUUCAACGCAAGAAAGGAGACCGUCGAAGGCGAAGAUUAUUAUGGCAUCAAGAUAUUCCGAUUCUACAUUAAAUGUACACUUUGCUCUGCUGAAAUUACCUUUAAAACCGAUCCCAAGAACACCGAUUACGCUGCUGAGCACGGCGCAUCCCGAAACUUCGAACCAUGGAGAGAUGAAAAGGAAGUCGAAGAGGUCGAUCGGCUAGCUCGCUUGGAAGAGGAAGAAAACAACCCGAUGAAGGCACUCGAGAAUCGUACUGUUGAUUCAAAGCGUGAGAUGGAUAUUUUAGAUGCUCUGCAGGAUAUUAGAGCGCGGAACGCACGGAAUGAGAGGGUGGGGCAAUCUGUUGAUCUUGUUGUAACGUUAGGUGCGGAGGAGAUUGAGACUGAAGAGGAUAGAGAGCGGAAACGUCUGGAAGAGGAGGACGAGAAGCUGGUCAGAGAGGUGUUUUCGAAAGUUACCAUGCCUGCACCUCUCGGAGGCUCUCCAGAUUCAGAAACGUCGGAUGAGCCAGCAAAGAUGGUCACUGUCAAACGGAAGGCAGACGAUGUCGAACCGGACUUGCACAGUUUGCUGUCAGAAAAUACUCGAUCGCUUCUAAACUCCAAAUCAUCUGGGGUACAGUUAGCAAAGAAACCAAGGGCUGACCUAAAGAAUAAGUUGGGGAUUAAAAUUGCUAAGAAGGGUAAAGCAACAGCUUAGAUUUUCUGAAUGUUGGAACCUUCUGCAUUUUCUCGGGACCAGCCAGAACCUUUCAUAUUGUGGACUACGUUUCAUUCAAUUUCGCAAAUCAACGACUAUCGCAGUUUCGCUUCGAGCUACCGCUGCGUUCACCGACACCCUUUUGAUCUCUCUCGAAGAAUCAUCGCAUUUCGCUGAAGCUCCAUAUGCCUCAUGAAUAUGCCCAAACACAUGCAAUCUGCACUUCCGCAACUCCUCUAGUUUCGCUGAGAGUAUGUCACACCCUGCAUGCUUGCCUUUCCUCGUUCUGUCCAGCGUCAUAUAAGGAGGAGUAUGGGUAAUAAGUAUAUCAAUAUCGGAUGGUAUGCGGCUGUAAAUGGCUACAGAUUUUCAAGUUGAACUUUCGGUUACAUCUUGCACAUAAGUAAUGUGACCCAUACCGUUUCCUUCUUCUGAGUUAGAGUACUGAAAAGAACCUUGAACAUAUGUUGGUGCAGCCUUUGAAUGUUUGAGGUGUCGUGUAGUGUCCAGAGACCCUAUGAUGCUUACUCACCGGAGAACCAUAUACUUUCCACUCU